GACCCCGCCACGAAAUCGGUGGUGUGGUUGUUGACUCAAUUCAUUUUUGACUCUUAUACAAAUUCAAAUUUCCAACGGCUAAAACAUUGACUCACCACUUCCACAAGGAAGCUUCACACAACUUUGACGAUAGUUCAACAUUGCCAAGAUGAAGGCAGAUGAGCUCGUCGCCGUGUCCACCUCUCUAGGAGGGGACUUCAAAUCGAUUGAGCCCCACCUCAUCCGACUCGAGAAGCAUUUGACCUUAAGGACUUACCUUGCCGGAUAUUCUCUAAGCGAGAUUGACGCCAAGAUUUGGGUCGCCAUCAAGAGCAAUCGCGUCGCUGUCUCUUUCGUCCGCAAGGGAUCCUACGCCAACCUCCACCGAUGGUUCACGUACGUCGAGCAAGCCCAUCCGGAGAUCCAAGCCGAAGUCAAGGCCGCCGACGAGGCGCGUAAGACUAAGGUCCAAGAGGCUAGUCGAGCAGGAGCAAGUUACAACUUGGCCUUGCAGGAGACCAGUAAGGGGGUUGUCACUCGAUUCCUCCCCGAGCCCUCGGGAUACCUUCACAUAGGACACGCCAAAGCCGCCUUGCUUAGCGACUAUUUCGCCCACCAAGCGUACAAUGGCACGCUCCGCCUAAGACUUGACGAUACUAACCCGAGCAAGGAGAAGGAGGAAUACCAAGAUGCCAUCAUAGAGGAUCUUGCUCUUAUGGGGGUUAAACCGGAUGUCGUCACCUACACCUCGGACUACUUCGACCAUCUCUACGAUACCUGCCUGGGCCUUAUCAAGGAUGGUCACGCCUAUGCCGACGAUACGGACGUGGAUACUAUGCGCGAAGAACGAGGAAAGGGUAUCGCAUCCAAGAGACGAGACCGGACAGUCGAGGAGAAUUUGCGGAUUUUCGACGAGAUGAAGAACGGCACGGAGGAGGGCUUGAAGAACUGCAUCCGUGCUAAGAUCUCCGUCGAUAACCCGAACAAGGCAAUGCGCGAUCCCGUAAUCUACAGAUGCAACCUCAACGACCCCCACCAUCGGACGGGUACUAAGUGGAAGAUUUACCCUACCUACGAUCUGGCAUGCCCCGUCGUCGACAGCUUAGAGGGUGUCACGCAUGCCUUGAGGUCAACAGAGUAUACCGAUCGAAACCCUCAAUUCCAAUGGUUCCUCGACACGCUCAAGUUGCGCCAGGUGUAUAUGUGGGACUUUGCGCGUAUGAACUUCAUCCGAACUUUCUUGUCGAAGCGAAAGUUGGCGAAAUUGGUCGAUACCGGCCGGGUCUGGGGUUGGGAUGACCCGCGGAUGCCCACGAUUCGAGGUAUCCGAAGACGAGGCAUGACGAUCCCUGCGCUUCGCGAUUUUAUUCUGCGACAGGGCCCGUCCCGAAAUGUCGUAUCCAUGGACUGGGCUAGCUUCUGGGCCACCAACAAAAAGAUUGUUGACCCGGUCGCGCCACGACACACCGCCAUUCUCAAGAAGGACCACGUCAAAGUCACCGUCACGGGAGACGAUGCGCCUGCGGAGCCACGUUCCGAGGACAAGCCGCUCCACCCUAAGGACCCUAAGGUCGGAACGAAGAAGGUGGCUUUUAGCAAGGAAUUGAUACUGGAUCAAGCCGACGCCAAGUUGUUCAAAGACGGCGAGGAGAUUACAUUGAUGCAAUGGGGCAACGCGUUCGUGAAAUCUGUCGCCAGCGGUGAUCCGAUCAGCAGUCUCACAGCCGAGCUAAACCUGAAGGGAGAUGUUCGCUCUACGGACAAGAAGGUAACCUGGCUCUCAACGCAAGGACAGAAGCUCAUCGACGCGGAACUCUGGGACUUCGACUACCUGAUUACCAAGGAUAAGCUCGAGGAGGAUGACGACUUAGAGAAGUUCCUUACACCUGUGACGGCUACGAUGGAGGAGGCAUUCUGCGACGAAGGCGUGUCGAAGCUUAAGAAGGAUGAUAUUAUCCAACUAGAGCGAAGGGGGUACUAUCGCGUGGACAAGGGAUACGACGAGGGUGAUGAGAAGAAGAUCGUGUUGUUCUGCAUCCCAACAGGUAAGAACAAAUAGAUACCUAACUAGACUCGACAUACGGUUCAAUAAGGUCUUGAUGAUCGGAGGAAAAUCAAAAAGCAUCUGAUGAUAAGCUCAAUUAAGCUUGCGCUGUCAUUACGUAUGUGAGGUGACCGUAAAAUCAACUCAAAAAUUCGUACUACAAAAUUAAAUCGAGGACUAUUCUGAGCUAUGAAAUAGUGGUGACACUGCUAAUACUACAUGAUUGUUUGCAAUGCUUUCUACAUAGUGGUAACAUUAGCAAAGUUCCAAAAUGUCAUUUGUAUAGACAACGAUUAUAACAUCCCUGAAAAGAAGUAUACGCCCGACUAUAGACUACUGGAUAUAAACCGGAACAGCUCGAGAGACAACAAACUUAUUACUCUAAUUACCUAGGUAUA